GUUCAAAACCCUAAUUACUUAAGUGCCGUAAUAAGGGUUUGGACGACCGGUUGAAGAUGAAAAGCUUGAACCUGAUUGAUCAUGAAGGCCGUUUCAACCAUUUUUCAGCUUGAGGAUAUGCUAGGAAGCCUACCCAUUUCGAGGCACAGGUUGCAUGCAGGAUACCCGAAACAGGAAGGUCGCCGCUACUAAAUUUUCAAUAUUUUCAAUAUUUUCAAGGGCAUGCUCGCCGACCACAUCUCGCUCCUCUCAGCCUGCUGCUUCGCAGCCGAUGAUAUAAUGUCGCCUUGCCCGGAUGUGUAUCAUCCUAUGCCUUUACUACAUUAUGAUUUAACAUAACCCUCCGAUGUUUGGGUGGAAGACGAAUAACGAUGAACAGCCUUGGGCCUAGAACACGUUGGGUAUUGCACUUUGGGUUGCAAAUAUCAUUUUGCGCCAUCUUAGCUGCUUGCUUUCCUGUUUCUCGAAGACAAAGCACCACAAUUGUGCUACCAGAUAAUGUGAGCAAUCACGGAUCGGAAAACCUCAUUUGCACCCCGUCUGGUUGGACAGAUGUCGCGCUUUUCUACCUCGGAAAUUACGUUGCUCAUGCCGCCACGGUCAGAGUGUCCCCGGGAGAACCAAUCUUGGACAGAAUUGUAAAUUCGAUCGCCGUUUUACUUUUCCCUCAAGCCGGAGCUAUGAAGGGUCUUAAUGCUAUCUUCCGAUGCGCCGUGCUUGAAAAUUCACCCCUGCAAAGAGCUGCUAGGGCGGGCGCUCUCUGCAUGGUAGUCAGGACUCCGGAAUGGAAGCCAAUGCCUAGCGAGUCAAUUCAGGGUGUUUCUUAUAUGGGGUUAGAAACAAUGAAAGCAUUCAAUAAGAAUUAUCUCUCGGUGAAGUUCAAUGAAAACCCUGUGGCCGAGCUGAAUGAACUUCGAAACCUAGAAGAACCUGUCGCAACAAACGUAUGGAUACCGCCAUGGAUACGACCAUGCUCAAAAAUGUUCUGGAUGUAUACCGACACGUUGUUCCCCUGGGUUCCUUGGGGUCGAGAGAUACAUGGCGUUUGCAAGCUUCCAGAAGGUUAUACGCUCGCAUUCGUUCCCCGACACGCGAAAGUGAGAACGAAGCCUCUGGACGUAAGCCAAGGCAAUGGGCUCGAGGAAAGGUUCGACAGUACCAUAUCUGCAUCUUUCAGCACAAUUAAGGCCAUAGUCGCAAUCUUACAAACAUUAUAUGCUUCAUUCACCUUGUAUCGCACUCGGGGGGAUCAAUUGACACAAUACGGAUACGCGGCCUUUGGUCUAACGGUGACGCCGUAUCUGGUUAUGUCUAUUAUUAACCUUAUUGGAAAUCUAGUAACUCCCGAGUAUGCGGCGCUAUACAUGGUAAGGUCUGACGUUAUGAAGGAGGCGAGAGGCAGAGGAGCUGUGAUCGACGGUGAAGUUGGUGAGAUAAUCCCGGACGAUUAUUCCAAUUGGACUUUUGGAGUUCCGAACCAGUUCUCCGGGUCAUUUACGUCUAUGGAAGAAAAUCGCCUAGGAUUAACGAAUAUCACAUAUUCUUCGUCGAAUACAACGAUACGUCAACCAGCGGACAUUGAGCCGACAAACAAGCUUGAAUCGACGGAUAUUAUCAACAAUGCGACGUCGACAAUACUACCCGAAGAUCACGUAGAUGAUGAUAAGAAAGUUUCGGCGAUAGGAUCUGACGAAGAACCCAUUGUGGAACCUGAUGCAACGAUUGAGCUUCAACUGAUGCGCGCUGAAAAUUUCAAGGAGGAUUCGGAGUUCAAGCCGAAACCUACCUUAAUGAUUCCAAGCUGCGGCAACUUCGCGACAACACGUCGCCCGGUAAACAACUUGCCCACGGGGAUAUCCGAUAUCAGCCAACUUUCUCUCCAUCAACGCUCCAGGGUCAAUCAUAGUGCUCUAAUCAUGUACCUCGUUAUUCAGGGUGUGAAUCUUGUGAUUACCGGCAUCUCCAUCGCUGUCAUUGGCGGGCUAUCUGGUUUCCAUAAAGGGAAUAGCACAGUAGCACAGCGUGUAUGGACCAUGAUGUGGCUUGCUUUCGGAUUCUUGAUGGGUCCGAAUUUCGUAGCACUCCCCUCUGCGACGGCGGUAGUUAAACUACUUAGAUCCGCAACGCGAAAGGACCAAGAUCCCGAUUCAUGGAGAUAUUUCUUCGCCUGGGGCUUUAUAUCAACGCUUAUAUACGGAAUCCCUGGGUUUGGUGGCUAUGUCGUCGUGGGCAAGAUGCUUUAUGAGUAUGGUAAUUGCAUUUCUAUUGAUUGAUCAUCGCAUGUCCGUUUGGAAUAUCGGCGAUAGUCGAUGAUAGGUCAUGUAUGACACGAACUGUAAUGAGUUAUGAUUUUUUAAUGUCUUGUUAUCCUCGAAAGGAAACGUUGGACUUGGUUGGGGCCGCUACAUGGCUCUUGGUGUGAGGCAGGCAAGGUGGGAUGCGAACAUUUAUCUGGGAUAUGAAAAAGCAAGAUCUCUAUGCAGAGUAACAGUAUAAUAUUGAAGGCGGGUACCAGGUAUUGGUAUUCAGGUACUUAUGAUAGGUAUCAUUUGUUAGAAAUACACCCGUUAAUGAAAAGCAAAAAA